AACGCUUAGAGUCUAUCAACAUGUUUGUGCGCAUCAUCCGCCGGUCAGCGCCGGCCCUAGUUGGCCGGGGCUUUGCCACCACAUCAGAGGCAGCAGCUCACGGCCUUAUCGAAAUCAGGGAGUAUACAGUAAAGCCGGAGGGCUUUGCUCAGUUCAUGAAGGUCGCAUCGGAGUAUGUUGGCGUCCGCAAGGAGCUCUUGCCCCUCCUGGGUAUGUUCACAUGCGACAUGGGCUCCUGCCUGCACCGCAUGACCCACAUGUACUCGUACGACAGCCUGGAGCAGCGCGAUGCGGCGCGAUCCGCGGCGGUUCGCGACCCGCGCUGGAAGACCUUUUUGGAGCUGUCCCGACCGCACAUGCAGUACCAGGAGAACAAGAUCCUGUCCGAGGCGCGGCCCAUCUACCAGGCGCUGCAGCUGCAACCCACCGCGCUAUUCCGCUCGCCACCCAAGCCGGCCGCACCAGCAAAGGUUGUGUACGAGCUGCGGACGUACCAGCUGAAGCCGGGGUACGGCUCCGUGCCCGCUCUGGUGGAGGCGUUCAGCAAGGGCCUGCCCGCCAAGGUGGCUGCGGACCCCGAGGGCCAGCUGGUGUUCUUCGGACACACGGAGGUGGGCAUGCUGAACAAUGUGGUGGAGCUGUGGAGGUACCCCUCCGCGCAGGCCUGCAUACAGGCCCGUCAAGCCGCUCGCGAGGUGCCCCAGUGGCGCGAGGCCAUCGCCGCCAUCGCUCCCGGGGUGCAGCACUUCUCCUCCGCCUUCCUCAACCCCACGCCCUUCUCGCCCUGGCAGUGAGCGCGCGCGUCACAGCGGCGAGGGUUUGGAGGCGUGUUAGGGAAAGAGGGCUGCUGCGGCGGGCAGGAGGGCUGCGGUGGCGGUCCAAACGGCCCAUGGGACCAACUGAUGACUUUGGGGAAGGGAGGAUUGGACCGCCGUGCCCAUGGUUGCACGGGGGGGAGGGUAGCGCGCAAGGGGUGGAGCUGGGGUUCAGCAUCAGGGAGGUUACCGUAUGCCACGGUGUAUUGUGGUUGCAGAUAGGGUGUGUUCCGCAGGUCCUGAGAGCGAUUAGUUGGAUGUAAGAGUUAGACAGUGGAUUAUAUAUGCAGUGGAAAGCUCCGACGAGCUUGGCUUUCUGUUCUGCUGGAGCUGGCUGGAGUGGGGGUAAAUGACUGAGCGGUCAGGAGCGGUGUUGAGUUCCUUUACGGCAGUGUUCUUGCCACGCAAAGUGCACCUUGCAAAGCAGCUCGUUAACAGGCUGCCUAGUGGGCAACCUCGACGGUCAUCAGUCAUACAAUCUGUAAAGCGCAAGGCCCUUG